UGGGCAAGGGAAGUUCUUAGUAGGGGAGCAGGCCGUGGGAGGUGGUCCGCGCAGGCUUGCGCUGUGGGCGUGUCCCUUUAGAGCAAUCGCCGACGCGUUCGAUUUAAAAGAGCAAGCCUCGCGGUGACUAGGCGGGAUGCGGGCACAGUCGAGCUUUUAAGCGAUGUUGGAAUAAGUACUAUAGAAGCAACUAUUGCUGUUUUAAGUUGCGCUGGGUUCAGCAGUGACGACUCUAAAGCGGAUUCUGGGGAUAUGGGUUCAAAUACUGUUUCAGCUACUUAAGGGGAGCGAUACCUUGAUGUAAAAUCAGGGAGCUGGCAAGAUGGCCCCUAAAGAGCCUUCCAGCUGUUACAUUCUUAACAGCCAUCCUGGACCACUCAGUGUUAGUUGAAAUUGAUAAUCUAGCUUCCAAAUGCAGCCAGAGCCCAGAGAAUGUGAAGAGGAGACCCCUUCCCUUUUGUGGGGUUUGGAUCCUGUGUUUUUAGCGUUUGCAAAAUUGUAUGUAAAGGAUAUACUGAACAUUAAAGAGUCUCAGCAAGCUCCUGGUGUAUUUUUUUACAACGGACACCCAAUAAAACAAGUGGAUGUUUUGGGGAUAGUAGUUGGAGUGAGAGAGAAAGAGUCAUUUUACAGCUAUGGAGUGGAUGACAGUACAGGGGUUAUAAACUGCAUCUGCUGGAAAAGCUCACAAGAUACUAAGUCAUCUCCAGCUAAAGUUUGCUCCAGUUUGGCUGGUGGGCAGAGGUUAACCUCACUGUUUAAGAAACUACAAGAAACCAUAGAUAAGAAAACCAAAUUGGAAAUUGGGGAUGUUGUUCGAAUGAGAGGCUAUGUCCGAGUCUACAGAGAACAGCGAGAGAUCCAUGCCUCCACUUACUAUAAAGUAGAUGAUCCAGUGUUGAAUGUUCAGAUUGCAAGAAUGUUGGAGCUUCCAGAUAUCUACAGAAAAGUUUAUGACCAGCCUUUCCCAAAUGUUACAGUAGCAAAAGAAAAGACAGUAAGCAAGCCAGGUACCCUGGACCUUUCUAGUCAAACAAGUUUGCUGAGUGAAAAAAUCCAAGACUUCCUUGUUGAGAACAAAGUGCCAACCUUUUACCAACAAGAGCUGGAAGCCGUGGAGUCUUUGAUGGCUCCAGCAAGUCAGCCUGUUGUUGACAGAUCCUGCUCUGAACAGGUGCAUCUAGAAAGCCGCCCAACUUCCAAAGCAAUUCACAACAUUUUUAAGGAAGCUAUACGACUACUGCAGAAAAAGGGAAUCGUCUUCCAGAAAACGGGGGACUUUUCUGACCUGUAUUAUGUGACCAGUCAAGAUAAAGAACUGCACAAAAAAAUCCUCAGUAUCAUUCAAGAUGAUUGCCAGAAACCCAGGCAUUCCGAGAAGGGUUGCCAUUUCCUUCACAUCUUGGCCUGUGCUCGCCUGCACCAUGACCCCAGCAUGAGUGAGGCAGUGCUAAAGCAGGUUUUGGAUCUCCUGGAGGGCAAGAGUGAAAUAAUCAGCACAAUGGAAAGAUACUACACAGCGUUCUGAGAGGAAGGAAUGCAUUCUGAAGCAAGAUAGCGUCUUAGACCAAAGAGCAGUGACAGGAAUUGUGUCCAGCAAGACAUCUGCUUUUGGAAGAAGUCAUCUUAAGGACAUAGAAGAUGGCAUUAACUUGGCACAUUUUAAAAUCUAUUAGUGGCUACAACUUUGGAGAAAGUCACUUUACAAUAAAAUCUGAAAGCAGUUAUUGUUGAGAAUACAGUUUGAUCCUUUUCAAAGGUGGGUCUUUAGUUUGGGGUGGGGAGGGAGGGAGACUGCUUGGAACUUAAAA